CUCGGUGUGAUUUGCGAUAUUUCCCACAGCCCUUUAAGGCAGCAUUUGUGGAGUUCAGCGGUACAGCGUCGCUCCGGACAAACAACCCCGCGGACCAGAGUAAAGGGUAAACAAAUAUGAAACGCUCUAAGAAUGCCAUCACAGUGUAUUUAGGAGCGUUUACUCUCCUCCUUUGCCUGCAUUUAGUCAGAGGUGACUACUGUGAAGUGAAUCAUUGCCACAAUGGAGCAACAUGUGUGACGGGCGUAGGAGAAGAUCCCUUCAUUUGUAUCUGUCCUGAUGGCUUUGGGGGAGACACUUGUAACCUGACAGAGACAGGACCCUGUAGUCCUAAUCCCUGUAAGAACGACGGGUCUUGCGAGGUCAUUGCUCCAACCAGACGAGGAGAUGUUUUCAAUGAGUACAUCUGCAGAUGUCAGCCUGGCUUUGAGGGAGUGCACUGUCAGAUCAAUGUAAAUGAUUGUGCCAACCAGCCUUGUGUGAAUGGAGGGGCAUGUCGAGAUCUUGAUGGAGACUACACCUGCGAGUGUCCCUCACCAUAUGUUGGAAAGCACUGCCAGCUUCGUUGUAUUUCUCUGCUGGGGAUGGAAGGAGGAAUGAUCGUAGAGUCCCAGAUUUCUGCCUCCUCAGUGCAUUAUGGCGUUCUGGGCCUUCAGCGCUGGGGUCCGGAGUUGGCGCGACUCAACAACCAAGGCAUCGUCAAUGCCUGGACGUCCGCCACCUAUGACAGGAACCCCUGGAUUGAGAUCAACAUGCAGAAGAAGAUGCGUCUGACUGGCAUCAUCAGUCAGGGAGCUAGUCGCAUGGGCGCAGCUGAGUACAUCAAGGCCUUCAAGGUGGCAAGCAGCUUAGAUGGAAUCAGUUACAUCACCUACAAAGGAGAUGGCACACGGAGAGAUAAGGUUUUUGUGGGCAACAUCGAUAACGACAGCACAAAGGCCAACAUGUUUGACCCUCCUAUCGUGGCACAAUACAUUCGCAUCAUUCCUGUGGUUUGUCGGAGGGCCUGCACACUGCGCAUGGAGCUGGUGGGGUGUGAACUCCAUGUUCAUUCAAACACAACAGGUUGCUCUGAACCUCUGGGAAUGAAGUCCCGUCUCAUCUCGGAUGACCAACUUUCAGCCUCCAGCACCUUCCGCACGUGGGGCAUUGAUACCUUCACUUGGCAUCCUCAGUUUGCUCGACUGGAUAAGGCGGGAAAGACAAACGCCUGGUCUCCCGCCCACAACAACCGCUCAGAGUGGAUUCAGGUUGAUCUUCAGAAAACAAAACGUCUCACAGGCAUCAUCACUCAGGGUGCAAAGGACUUUGGGGUGGUUCAGUUUGUGUCAGAGUUUAAAGUGGCAUACAGCAAUGACGGAAAAUCAUGGAGUACAGUGAAGGAGGAGAACACCAGCAACGAUAAGCUUUUCCAAGGAAACAUUGAUAACAACACCCAUAAGAAGAAUCUGUUUGAGCCUCCAUUCUACGCUCAGUACGUCAGGGUCAUUCCCUGGGCAUGGCACGAACGGAUCACUCUACGCAUGGAGCUGCUGGGCUGUGAUGACUAGAAGCUUGUUUAAAGCCAUGUUUCCAGUCCUCCAUCCUCAUCCAGCUGUAUCGUCUCCUCAGACCAUGGUGGAAAUAGGAGACAUGAGCAGAGUCAUAUGUUUUGCACUCUAUGGAGAUCAUGUUUGCUGAAUAGCUUGGACUUUUAACACUUGUAGCACUUUCUGACUAGUGACUUAUUUAUGUUUACAUGGAUGAAAAUGUUGGACGUUGCAGCCUGCAAAUAUUGGUUCCCCACAGAGCUCUCUGUUGACUAUCCAUAUUUGUAGUUUUAUAUCUGCAUAGAAGUGUCUUUUAGUCUCUGUAAUUGACUGUUAGCUGACAUCAUCACCAGCAUACUCACACUUCUUUAUUUUUGUUUAUCAUUCAACAGCUGUUUUGUUACUCAAGAACAUACUAGCAUAAUGAAGCAGGGCUUGUGCAUUACAUACGUGAAUAUAAACUGUCCAGGAAGAGAGAGUUUGUCCAUGAUUAGAUAAAUACAGCACACUGAUAAAGUCAAGCAAACCUUUUGCAAGUUGUUAAUGUGAUUUAUCUUUUUGUUUUUGUUUUUUUUUUACAUAAUUUGGCAUGUUCUCUGUUUAACUUUUACUUAUAAUUUCAUUCUGCUUUAAUCAUUUUUACAACAAAUGCAACAUGUUUAAAAAUAUGAAAGAAAAAAAGUUUUCCAUUUUUUUUAACUCAUUGUU